AUGGCGUGUAUAAAAGGGGUGAAUCGAUCGGCAUCGGUGGCGCUUGCGCCCGACGCGCCGUACAUGGCGGCGGGGACGAUGGCGGGAGCAGUGGAUCUGUCGUUCAGCUCCUCCGCCAACAUUGAGAUCUUUAAGCUUGAUUUUCAGUCCGACGAUCGUGAUCUCCCUGUAGUGGGUGAGUCCACGAGCUCUGAGAAAUUCAACAGGUUGUCGUGGGCCAGGCCUACUGGAUCGGGGUCUCAGGAGUUCGGGCUAGGGCUCAUUGCUGGUGGACUUGUCGAUGGGACUAUUGAUAUCUGGAACCCACAAACUCUGAUCCGUCCUGAGGCAGGUGUAAGUGCUUCGGUUGGGCAUCUCACAAGACAUAAAGGGCCUGUUCUUGGUCUUGAAUUUAAUGCAAUUGCACCAAAUUUACUUGCAUCUGGGGCUGAUGAUGGUGAAAUUUGCAUCUGGGACUUGGCCAAUCCUGCAGAGCCAUCUCAUUUUCCACCUCUCAAGGGUAGUGGUUCUGCUGCCCAGGGUGAGGUUUCAUUUUUAUCUUGGAAUAGCAAGGUCCAACAUAUAUUAGCAUCCACUUCAUAUAAUGGUUCAACUGUGAUUUGGGACCUAAAAAAGCAAAAGCCAGUGAUAAGUUUUACAGAUUCAGUUAGAAGACGGUGCUCUGUUUUGCAGUGGAAUCCUGAUAUUGCCACUCAGCUUGUUGUUGCAUCAGAUGAAGAUGGUUCACCUGCUCUGAGGCUCUGGGAUAUGCGUAAUGUAAUGUCACCAGUUAAAGAGUUUGUGGGGCACACAAAGGAUAAUCGAACUAUUUGCUGGGACACAGUUUCUGCAGAGAUUGUCUGUGAAGUGCCAGGAGGCACCAACUGGAAUUUUGAUGUACAUUGGUAUCCAAAAGUACCUGGAGUGAUAUCGGCAUCUUCAUUUGAUGGAAAAAUUGGAAUUUACAAUAUUGAGGGUUGCAGUAGAUAUGGAGUUGGGGAUAGUGAUUUUGGUGGCGGACCUCUGAGAGCUCCGAAAUGGUAUAAGCGGCCAGUUGGUGCAUCUUUUGGCUUUGGUGGCAAAAUUGUGUCCUUUCAGCAUAGUUCAUCUGGUGUUUCGGAGGUUUAUGUACACAGCUUGGUUACUGAGCAUAGUUUGGUGAAUCGCUCAUCUGAAUUUGAAGCUGCAAUACAAAAUGGGGAGAAGUCUUUACUUCGGGCUUUAUGUGAGAAGAAAUCACAGGAGUCUGAAUCUGAGGAUGACCAGGAAACAUGGGGCUUAUUAAGGGUUAUGCUUGAAGAUGAUGGGACUGCAAGGACAAAGCUGAUCACUCAUCUUGGGUUCAGUAUACCCGAGGAAACAAACGAAAGUGUUCCAGAUGAUCUAUCGCAGGAAGUCAAUGCGCUUGGGCUUGAGGAUACUACAUCUGAUAAAGUGGGCCUGGGGAGUGAUAAGGAAACCACCAUCUUUCCUACUGAUAAUGGAGAAGAUUUCUUUAACAAUCUUCCUAGCCCAAAAGCUGAUACUCCUGUCUCAACCUCUGGUGACAAAUUUUCUGAGGGGGAUACAGUUCCUGUUGCAAAUGAAAUGCAGCAAGAGCCUGAUGGACUGGAGGAGAGUGCUGACCCAUCAUUUGAUGAAUCUGUUCAACAUGCUUUAGUUGUCGGAGAUUAUAAGGGCGCUGUUGCAAAAUGCAUUUUGGCAAAUAAAAUGGCUGAUGCUCUAGUUAUUGCUCAUGCUGGUGGUGCUUCGUUGUGGGAGAGCACACGGGAUCAAUACCUUAAAAUGAGCCAUUCACCUUACCUUAAGAUUGUUUCUGCGAUGGUGAGCAAUGAUCUGUUGAGCCUUGUUAAUACCAGACCCCUAAAAUUCUGGAAAGAAACACUUGCUCUUCUCUGUAGUUUUGCAUCAAGAGAUGAAUGGACUGUGCUUUGUGAUACACUUGCUUCCAAACUCAUAGUUGCUGGCAAUACCCUGGCAGCAACUAUUUGUUAUAUAUGUGCGGGGAAUAUUGAUAAAACUGUCGAGAUUUGGUCGAGGUGUUUGACUACCGAGCAUGAGGGAAGAUCAUACGUUGACCUUCUUCAGGAAUUAAUGGAGAAGACGAUUGUCCUUGCCCUGGCUUCUGGGCAAAAGCGAUUUAGUGCUUCUUUGUGCAAACUUGUUGAGAAAUACGCAGAAAUUUUAGCUAGUCAAGGUCUUUUAACAACAGCAAUGGAGUACCUAAAACUCUUGGGUUCUGAUGAAUUGUCACCUGAACUGGUUAUCUUAAGGGAUCGUAUUGCUCUUUCUACAGAACCUGAGAAUGUUUCCAAGAAUGCAGCAUAUGGAAACCAACCUGCAGCAAGUGGGCCUGUAUAUGGCGCUGAUCAAUCUAAUUUUGGUGUGGUUGGGGCCUCUUCUCCAUAUUAUCAGGAAACAGUGCCAUCACAGUUGCAACCAGUUGUUCCCGGAAGUCAAUAUGGAGAAAGUUAUCAGGAACCUGUUAAUUCCCCAUAUGGAAGAGGAUAUGGCGCUCCUGCCCCAUAUCAGGCAGCAUCCCAGCCCCAUAUGUUUCUUCCUUCCCAGGCACCUCAGGUUCCACAGGAGAAAUUUUCUGUGCCUCCUGUUUCCUCUCAGCCUGCAGUGAGGCCUUUCAUUCCUUCAACUCCUCCUGUGCUGAAAAAUGUGGAGCAAUAUCAGCAGCCAACGUUGGGGUUCUCAGUUGGAACCACCAUCCCUUCUUUCCAACCUAUGCAACCGGGGCCUGGUUCAGCUGCUCCUCUGACAUCACAAGUGGCUCCAGUUCCUGGAAAUAAGCCACAUGUUGUAGCUCCCUCCCCUCCACCAAGGGGAUUUAUGCCAGUUACUAAUUCGGGAGUUGUUCAAGGGCCUCAUCCGGGUUCACUGCAGCCACCUAGUCCUACUCACCAAGCUCCUGCUCGAGCUUCCGUGGCUGCAGCAGCGCCACCACCCACGAUACAGACAGUUGAUACAUCCAAUGUUCCUGCCCAACAAAAAUCCGUUAUCGCAACAUUAACAAGACUUUUCAAUGAGACAUCUGAAGCGUUGGGAGGUUCUCGUGCAAAUCCUGGCAAGAAGCGUGAAAUAGAAGACAAUUCGAGGAAGAUAGGUGCAUUAUUUGCCAAACUCAACAGUGGGGACAUAUCUAGAAAUGCUGCUGAUAAGCUUGUUCAGCUAUGCCAGGCAUUGGAUAAUGGUGAUUUCGGUACUGCCCUGCAAAUCCAGGUGCUUCUUACCACUAGUGAAUGGGAUGAGUGCAACUUCUGGCUUGCAACCCUUAAGCGGAUGAUCAAGACAAGGCAAAAUGUGAGACUAAGCUAA